AUGGCUGCCAGAUUGUCAAUAUGCAUCGCUCUGGUGAUGGUGCUGGGCAAUAGCCUUGCCUCUGGGGGAUCCCUGAGAGAUAUUGAACAUGUCAUCAUCUUCAUGCAGGAGAACCGCUCGUGGGACAGUUAUUUUGGCACCAUGCCCGGAGUCCGGGGCUUUAGUGAUCCCAAUGUACAAGUCAAUCCCGAUGGGAACUCAGUCUGGCAUCAGCUAGUAGACCCGUCGCAGUCCAGCAAAACUAAUACAUUGCUGCCCUGGUACCUUGGUCAUCAAGGUGGUGACUGGCACGACGCUAUACAGUGCAUGGUUGCAGGAAGCAACGGGUACCAAGAAAACCAACAAUCUCUGAACUAUGGAUUGAAUAACCAGUGGGUUAUCAAGAAUACUCCCUGGAGCUGGGGAUACCUGAAGCGGCAAGAUAUCCCGGUUCAGUUUGCUAUCGCUGAGGGAUGGACAUCGGGAGAUAUGUACCAGGAAGGUCAAAUCACUGCGACGAACCCCAACCGAGUCACUCUGGUUAGCGGCUCCGUUAAUGUUCCUGGUAGCCCCCAGAGCAAGGAUCAGGGAGGUGUAUAUAUUGACAACAACGAAGUACCAGGAUGCGACAACAACGGCAUCAACUGCUAUCCAUUGAAGUGGAAGACCGUCUACGACUUUUAUGAGGAGGCAGGAGUCUCAUGGCAAUUAUACCAAGACACAAACAACUUUGAUGAUAACCCCCUGGCUUGGUUCCAGCAGUUCCAGAACGCAUCCAAGGAUAGCCCUCGGGCACAAAAGGGUAUGUCAUUUGUUGGCCUCGAUAGCUUCUACCAGGCUGCCGCCAACGGCACAUUACCCGAGGUCAGUUUCAUUGUUGGACCAGCCGAACUGUCGGAGCACCCACCGUACAUGCCAAAGGAUGGAGCCUGGCUCCAGAAGAAGGUUGUCGACGCCGUCACCAAGAGCCCUAAAUAUAACUCGACGCUGCUGAUGAUCAGCUACGACGAGACCGGUGGCUUCGGCGACCAUGUUACUCCCUUCCACUCCCCCAAAGAUACACCAGGAGAUUGGAUGCAGGAUCCAAUGGGCCUCUUCUCGGAUAUCUUUGUUGGACCUGGAUUCCGAGUACCAUUUUAUAUGAUUUCCCCUUGGACUCGAGGAAACCGCGUUUUCACCGAGCGGGCAGAUCACAACUCCCAAAUCCUCUUCGUUGAGGAGUGGCUGACGGCUCGCGGACACACCAACAUCCGAACAGAUCAGAUGGUCCCGUGGCGACGUCAGCAUAUGUCAAACCUUGUCAAUGCGCUCGAUCUUAACCAUCCCGACUACUCCCUUCCUUAUAUCCCGGAUACGGGGACCCCCGAUACCAACGGAAAUGGCGGUUAUACCGGCUCAUCCAACUGCCAGUCUCGUCACGCGCAAACGCGGCCUGAUGUUCCAUACGGAGAGCAGGGCAAUGAGACAGAUCCCAAUGCCCUUUGGUUUGAGGAGGGGUUCAAAGAGGUAGUUGGCUACCUAACCGAGGGCCGUUACCUUGUUUUCGAAAAGUAUGGACUAGCCAUCACAAACCCAGCCAAUGGCAACCGUCUCAUAUUCACCCCUGCAAGUCCUGGACAUGACCAAAAAUCCCAGCGUUGGGUGAUUCACUACAACGACGACGAGGAGAGUCAUGUAUUCACCAUAUCCAGCGCGUUAGACGGACGAUGGAUCGGCUCCGGGGGUACUUUGAUUCCCAAGAGCCAGAGUGCAAAUGCGGCUCAUGUAAAAUUGUCCUUCCUGGGCAAUGGGCGCGGUCACAUCAUGCAAUUUGUGGAGCAGGGGCAGUACAUUGAUGUUGACAGGCAGGGUCACUUGAAUGUGCCUGACAGUGGGGCCGUUCCUGGCAGUGGCUACAAAGUCUUCAGUGUUUCCUAUCGUGACUAA